AUGGCGAAAUCAGCAUCUAAUAAGAAAUCGAUCCCUACCACUUCUUCUUCCUCCACAGCAACUUCUGCAGCUUCAUCAUCAGUGGUAUUAAAAGAAGUGAAAUCAACUUUAACCACCACCAUUAAUAAUUAUUUUGAUACUAUAUCAGCCCAACCUCGAUUAAAAUUAAUUGAUUUAUUUUUAAUUUUUUUAGUAUUAUUAGGAAUAUUACAAUUUAUUUAUGUAUUAAUUAUUGGGAAUUUCCCAUUUAAUUCAUUUUUAGGUGGAUUUAUUAGUUGUGUUGGACAAUUUGUUUUAUUAGUUAGUUUAAGAUUACAAAUCAAUGAUAGUACUACAACUACUACAGACAAAGAAAGUGAUGAUCAAUUGGAAUUGGAUGAAGAUAAAAUUGAGAAUGGAACAACUGGUGGUGGUAAUGGUAGACUUUUUAAAGAAAUUACUCCAGAAAGAUCAUUUGGUGAUUUUAUUUUUGCUAGUUUGAUUUUACAUUUUAUUGUUAUUCAUUUUAUAAAUUGA